GAUAAAUUUAGUGUGAUCUUCUUUUGGAUUGAGAAAACCUAAUUUUUGGUUCAUCUCCUCAAUCCCUUCUCUCUCUUUCAAAAUGAAGUUUCUUCUCCAAUUUCCUCUUCUCAAAGGGAACAACAACAAUAGAUCAAAACAAACAAUGUCACAAAAAGUUACAAUACUAGUAGUAUUCUCAUCCUUGUUCGUAUUCCUUAUCACCAUAAUUUCUUAUUCUUUGCUGUGGAAGAUCAAUGAAUUCAGGGGGCUGGGGCUAUCUAUUGAUAUUGAUUAUGGUUUGAAGAAUGAGACAGAAAGUCUGCAGAAUCAGACAGAAAGUCUGAAAAAUGUGACAGAAAGUUUGAAAGAUCAGACAUGUUUGAGGAAUGAUACAGAAAAUUUGAGGUAUAGUUUGAGGAAUGAGAGAGAAAACAUGGCAUCAAAACCUUUGAAGAAGUGUGACAUUUUCAGUGGGGAAUGGGUGCCAAAUCCUGAAGCACCAUACUACACAAACACAACAUGUUGGGAAAUUCAUGAACACCAGAAUUGCAUGAAGUAUGGAAGACCAGAUUCUGAGUUCAUGAAGUGGAGAUGGAAGCCAAAUGAGUGUGAACUUCCCAUCUUCAACCCUUUUCACUUUCUAGAAAUUAUGAGAGGAAAAUCAAUGGCUUUUGUUGGAGACUCCAUUGGCAGAAAUCACAUGCAGUCCAUGAUUUGCCUGUUAUCUAGGGCUGAGUGGCCCAUAGAUGUAUCAUACACAGAUGAGUUUUCCUUCAAAAGAUGGCAGUACUCGAACUACAACUUCACAAUGGCUACUUUUUGGUCACCCUAUCUAGUUAGAGCUGAACAAGUUGAUUCAAAGGGUGAUCUCAUCAACAUUUAUCUUGAUGAGUUUGAUGAAAAAUGGACGGCUCAAAUUAAAGAGUUUGACUAUGUUAUUAUCAAUGGAGGACAGUGGUUCUUGAGGCCAAUAGUGUUCUACGAGAACCAAAAAAUUGUUGGAUGUCAAUAUUGUUCAUGGGAAAAUGUCACGCAUCUAACAUGGCACAGUGGCUAUGGGAAGGCUUUUAGGACUGCAUAUAAAGCCAUAGUCAAUUUAGGAAACUCCAAGGUUGUAACGAUUCUUAGAACGUAUGCUCCAUCUCAUUUUGAGAAUGGGGUGUGGGAUAAAGGUGGGAAUUGCAUAAGAACUAAGCCAUUUAAGAGUAAUGAAACAAGGUUAGAGGGCUACAAUCUUGAGUUACACACCAUACAAUUGGAGGAGUUCAAACGUGCUGAGAAAAAAGCUAUGAAGAGAGGUUUGAAAUUCAUGUUACUUGACACCACACAGGCUAUGUUACUCAGGCCAGAUGGUCAUCCCGAUAAAUAUGGUCACUGGCCUCAGGAGAAUAUGACAGUAUCUAAUGAUUGUGUGCAUUGGUGUUUGCCAGGACCUAUUGACACAAUGGCUGAUUUUCUAUUGGAAACGUUGAAAAGGGAAGGUGUCACAUCUUUUCCUAAAAAAGAUUUCAUCUAAAGACAAUUGUUAAUUAGAAUUAUUUUUCAAACUACAAUUGGCAAAUCUUGUCUUGUAAUUUGAUGUAUAAAGAUGAAUUGUUCUUAACAGGUUUUAUAGACUCAAUAGUGAUUUUUUAUUAGAAAAGUUGAAAAUGGAAGUUCUUAUAUAUCUUUCAUAUAAAACGAUAAAUGAAGCCUCUUUCUACCCGGAGAACUAACACCUUCCUUCCAUUUUCAAUAUUUCUAAUAGAAAAAUCAAUUCAGAGUCUAUAGGCCUGGCAAGCACCAAUGUCCAAUUUAUUUGUAUUAUAUAUGUUAUUAUCAUAGUAUUAUUCAAGGAACCCUAUUUAUGUUAACCCAGAUUCUAUCCACUCACAUAGAAGAUAAGAUCUAUCAAAAUCUGAGAAAAGAAUUCUCACACCCGCUUGCAUGAUAAAACAUAAAAACCAUGCAGAUGUACAAUUUCUAUGGGUAGAUAAUCAUCCGCAAUGUAAGUGGGUGAAAUGAAGAGCAAGUUUCAAUUACUAAAAACAAUAAUGACGACACACUUUCUUAGUGUUUUCAAUAUACUAUCUUCUAUUGAUUAAACUUCAUGUGAGCCUUAUUAUUUUCAAACUCAGACCCACCUAACGAGAUAGAAAUUGGAACUCACAUACUUAGUGUGACAAUGUGAAUUUCACCUUAUAAAAGAUAUUAUGUCAGAAAGAUCUUUUUGAGAAAAUGGAUUUAGACUUAAUUUAACAUGUAAAAGAAGGUUCAUGUCAAAUUAUGAAUUAUAACUCAAUAAUAGCUUUUAUCGAUAUGGAAUCUUCAAUGUAUCUUGUCGCACCAGAAAUCAAAUAUCUUAAAUUUGAUAUUUGUGGCUAAUGGCAGACUAUAUAAUAGACUCAACAAAUCUAUUAUGUUCUAGGUUUGCAACCAACAACCUAUACUUUAUAAUGUGAUCCUAAUUCUAGUCUAUCUGAAAUCUACAACACGAAUGUUAGAAGCAUUUUCCUGAAAUCUAACAUUGACUCGCAAAUUGAGAGGCAACUGAGAUGAAAUUCCAAAUAAAUACCCAAAACCAAAAUGAUGUAGUCGUUCAAGCAUUUUGCCAAACACGUAGAAUGCAAAGCUCCAGAAUGACAGGUGGGCCUCAAGUAAAAACCCACUUGGAAAGAAAAGCUCCAUUGCUAUAACACCAAGCUGGAAGCCCAAGGAUGGAGGAAACCCACCUAAGAAUGAAUCCUCAUGGCUGACCAACAUCCCUUGUUAUUUAUAUGCUAACUUUGUAGUUCAGUCCUAGAGUUCUUAGACAUAUAUUUGAUAAGUGCUCAAUGAAUUAAUUUUAAAAGGAAUUUGACACUUAUAUUACUUUGAUUUUGUUAAAAUUUUGUAAAAAAAAUCAUUCCAGUUUAGCUUUUUUGCAGUUAUUGAUAUCAAAAUCAAAGUGAAAAAAUAAAGAAAAUGGAUGAAAUUUAAGUAAUUAUGAACAAAAGUGACGUCUGUGCAACUGAGCGAAAAAAUUGAGGCUUAAGCUGCACAAGUAAACCCAUUGCAAAAGGAAACCUCAAGUAUUAAAUUUGAAGUUAAGUCACGAAAACUCUUUUCUAAAGAAGUUAUCUCAGGGUUGCGGCACCAAAGCAUGAGGCUUGAACCACAAAAGAAAACUCACCUAAGAAUGAAAACUCUGCAUUUGGAGCCCCAUGUGUGCUAAGCGUUGUCCUGGGCAAUUUAUAAAAACAGAGUUGCUUCCCAAUAUAGUGUUUGUAGAGAAGUGAGAUUGAGAGGAAGGAAAGUCAACUAUCUCAAAGACAAUUUGAACCCAAUAUACGUCAAAUGCAAAAUGAGAUAUAUAGUGUAGAUCAAAAGAUUAGGGUUGUCAAUCGGGAGAAGGGUAUCAUGACUGUUGAUUCAGAGGAUAGAGUUAUGUUAUCUCAUAAGAAAGUAGAGUUGGAAAAUCAGAAAAAGAAACAUAAGAAAAUGUAAAUCCAUUUUGUUUGUAUUCCCUUUACUUUCCACUUUUCGUUCUUUAGAAUUAUGUUUCAAAGUUGGCCAUCAUCUGUUUAUUAUUCUUUGCAGAUUUGAUGACCUUAAAGACAAAAUUAGAAAGGUGGUUAAAGGGAGGGUUCCUCUUGAUAAGGAUGUAAUAAAGGAAAUUACUCAAGCAUUAAGGUUGGGAAAAUCUUUUAAUUUUUUUUGUUUUUUAUGUUUACUCGUAGUUGUAAGCACCUACCUCUUGAAUUUGGACUGGGAACCUAACUCCAUCCUGAAAUGUAUAAGGUGAGAAUUGUCCAACCUUGUAUAAGCUCUACAUUGGCCAUAUGUACAGUUGAUGUGAAAUAUCAAACACACUCCUUGUUGAAUUUCUUAAUUCAAGAAGUCAAGAAAGCAAAUCAACCACACUAACAAUUAUACUUCUCUGAAUAUACUUCUCUUAUUCAAUGAACCAAGAAUACAAUUGUAUAGUAAUCCCUCCUAAGGAAGCUCGAUCUCCCUCCACUGGACUAAUGUUCCAGUCAACAACAAUUAUUAAUCUCAUUCCCCCUGCCCUUUUCCACUAAUUAUUAUUUAUACUCCCCUUUCCCUUUAACAAACUUCUAACAGAAACUUCCUCCUAAUUUCUAACGGACAUUUUCUCCUUCCCGUCUUUAUUUCUCCUUACAUAUGCUUUUAUUUCCUUACCAAUACCCCCCUCCAUCUCAGCAACCUUGUCCUCAAGGUUGAAAUUCGGAAAUUGUUGCUUGAUGUACAGUUCCUCUUCCCAAGUUGCUCCUUCUACUCCACCCUCUUGCCAUUGGAUCAGAACUUGGGAUACCUCAUUUCCUUGUUGAUUUUUUUCUCUCCUAUGUAAUACCUUUCAAGGUUUAUAUAAUGGACCUUCCACCUGUAGUUCCUCUGGCAAUUCCCCUUCCACCUUAUUCUCCCUCGCAACUUUCUUCAAUUGUGAUACAUGAAAAAUCGGGUGUGUUAUGGUGGUCACUGGCAGCUACAAUUUAAAAGCCACUAGACCCACUUGUUUUUCAACCAAGAAAGGUCCGUAGUAUCGAGCAGAUAGCUUGGGAUGCAGCCUAGCAUUGACACUUGCCUAUGGGGUUUUAUCUUAAGGAAGACCCAAUCCCCUUCUUUUAUAAUGGACUCCUUCCUCUUUCUAUUCGCAUACUGCACCAUCCGCUCUUGUGCUCUAGUCAGGUGAUGUUGCAGCUGAUUGAUAGCUUCAUCCCGCGUCUGCAAGUCCUGUACCACCACUUCUACCAAUGUUUCUCCUGGAAUAAAUCUGGUUAAUGCUGGCGGGGGUCUGCCAUAAAUUGUUUCAAAAGGAGUGCAUUUUUCCGCCCCCUGAUAACUGGUAUUAUACCAGUAUUCAGCCCAUGGUAACACUGUGUUCCAAGCCUUAGGUUGUUUUGAACAGAAACACCGUAAAUAGGUUUCCAGUACCUCAGUUUGGUCGUCCGUUUCUGGGUGGUAUGUGGUGCUCAUUCUUAAUUUGGUGCCCUGAAUUCUAAAAAGCUCCUUCCAAAAUGUACCGAUAAAAAGAGGAUCCCUGUCGCUAACAAUUGACAUUGGUAUCCCGUGCAGGCGCACCACUUCCCUCACGAAGAUUUCUGCAAUUACCUUUGUUGUAUAAGGAUGUUUUAUGGGAAUAAAGUGCCCAUAUUUGCUCAACCUAUCCACCACCACCAUUAUCGUUUCAAGCCCCUGAGAUUUUGGCAACUUAACCACAAAAUCCAUGCUUACUUCUUCCUAGAUUGCCUUGGGAAUAGGCAAUGGCUGCAGAAGUUCCUGAGGAGAUGAUGCCAUAUAUUUGUGUUGUUGGCAGACCAAACAGGAAGCUACAUAGUCUGUCACCCUCUUCUUCAUACCCUUCCAAUGAAAAGCCUGGGCAUGAUGGAAUUUUGUAUACCCCCGAAUGUCCCCCUAUAGUAGAAUCAUGGAAUUCUACUAAAAUCUUUGGUAUCCAUUCAGACUUUUCUGAAAGCAUGAGCCUUCCCUUAAAAUGUAACAUCUCGUUCUUCAUUGUGUAAGCAUGAUGGGAAUCGGGAUCAUUCUUUAUCUCUUCAAUUAUCUUUUUCAGCCCUUCAUCCUUCUCCACUUCCUCUAUUAUCUCUUGAAAAUCAGGCCAAUAUGGUCUGGUUAUCACUUGUAACGUCUUGUCCCCAUCUUCCCCUUCUUCUCCUUUCCUAGACAAUCCGUCUGCCACCCUGUUUGAAGCACCCGUCCUAUAAUAUAUAUCAAACUCAUAUCCCAUGAGUUUUGCUAACUAGUUUUGUUGGUUUUGAGUUAUUGUGCGUUGCUCCAACAAAUACUUCAAGCUUUUCUGAUCUGUAAAAACACUGAAACGCUUCCCCAGUAGAUACGAACACCAGUGUUGAAUGGCCAACACCAGGGCCAUCAACUCCUUCUCGUAAACUGACUUGCCCAAUGAACCUUCUGAUAACGCCUUGCUGUAAUAAGCUAUGGGCUUCUUAUUUUGUGACAAUACCGCUCAUAUUCUCUUCCCCGAAGCAUCACAUUCAACUUGGAAAGGCUGUGAAAAAUCUGGCAGAGCAAGAACAAGAGGAGUGGUCAUUGCCUUUUUAAGAGCUUGCAUGGCUUCUUCUCCUGCAGUUGUCCACUCAAACUUCCUCUUCUUCAAAAGAUCCGUGAAAGGUCGAACAAUUUUCCCAUAAUUCCUUACAAAUCUCCUGUAAUAUCCAAUGAGCCCUAGAAACCCCCUUAACUCUUUAAUGCAACGGAGUGCUGGGCAUUCGGUCACUGCAGACACUUUAUCUCCAUCCAUCUCUACCCCCUUUUCGGAUAUCAUGUGUCCCAAAUACCGAAUGUGCCUCUUGCCAUAAUCACACUUUUUCUUGUUGGCAAACAGCUGAUGUUAUUCUAGCUCUUCCAGCACCUGCCUAAGGUGUUUCUCCUGAUCCCCCCAUGACUUAUUGUACACCAAGAUGUCAUCAAAGAAUACCAACACGCUCUUCCUCAAGAACGGUCUCAACAACGAAUUCAUCAUGUCUUAAAAGGUGGUCGGAGCAUUUGUGAGGCCAAAGGGCAUUACUAAGAACUCAUAAUGUCCUAAAUGAGUUCUAAAGGUUGUUUUGGGUAUAUCGGCCUCCUUCAUCCUUAUCUGGUGGUAUCCAGAUUUUAGAUCCACCUUAGAAAAAUAAACUGCACCGUAUAAUUCAUCUAGAAGCUCUUCAAUUACAGGAAUUGGAUAUUUAUUGGAGAUAGUUGUUCUGUUUAAAGCUCUGUAAUCUACACAAAAACGCCAGCUCCCAUCUUUUUUUUUAACCAGAAUUACUGGACUGGAAAAUGGGAUGUUACUGGGCCUAAUAAUACCAGGCCCAACAUCUCCUGAACCUGCUUUUCUAUUUCAACCUUCAUUAAGUGAGGAUACCUAUAUGGUCUCACGUUCACUGGCUCAGUACCUUCUUUAAUGGUUAUCUGAUGGUCCACUUUUCUGACAGGAGGAAGUCCUUGUGGCAUCUCAAACACCCUCUCGAACUCCCCCAAGAUCUUUUCCAAAUUUGCUUCCUGCAAGGGAGUUAAACCCUCUACUCCUAAGUUUUCUGUUGUUGUUUCAGAUUGAUGCAGACCCCACACCACUGUUAGCGUUUCAAUCCCUGUUUCCUUCUGCAACGCCUCGGGAUUGAUGACCUUCAUCAUCAAUCUGCUAUCACCUCUUAUCACUACCUCUCCUUCUGUCGUCCCAUACUUCAUGGUUAUUUGCUUCCAGUCCACCCUAAUUUCCCCCAACAUGGCCAGCCACUCUACUCCCAGCAUGACGUCGACUCCCCCUAUUUCAAAGAGGUAAAAAUUCUCUUUAAUUUCCACUCCUUCCAGUAUCAGUGAAACUCCCAUGCAACGACCUCGCAUUUCCUUUCUUUGGUCGUCCCUCAGGCAAACGCAAUACGACGCCGUCUCCUCCUUCUCUAAACCCAUCUCGUUCGCCAAACUUGUCGAGAUGAAGUUAUGACUCGCUCCGCUGUCAAUGAGCAAAUUACUCUUUGAUCUCGAAUCCACCCCGACAACUUCAUCGUUUUGGAUUAAGCGAUUCCCCCAGCGGAAUACACCGAUAAUUCCAUGCAUCGUUGUUCCGCCUCCUCUUCUGCCUCUGCCACUUCUUCGUCUUCGUCAUCGGUCCCCAUAAUCAUCACCUUGAAACUCCUCUCCGCACAACGAUGUCCUGAGCUAUAAGGACCCCCACAAUGAAAACAGCGGCCCUCCUCUCGCCUCUUGAGAUAUUCCGGAUAUGGUAGAGUUCGCACUCCGCGACUCGGCCCGCCUCCGCCUGUAUUUCUUUCUACCUUUGAAUCGGUGGUUUCAAUCGUCUCAUCUUUCUUUGGACCGAGACCUCUGCCGCUACUCCCCUGCCUCUCCGAUGACCCGCGAUAAGUCUCCGUUCGCGCUACAGUGCCCGCGCUGGCCGCAUAUUUCCCCCACAUCGAUCCUCCUUUCAUCGUUCCCCCACCGCCAGACGUCCUCGCCACUAAUCCCGAUUGCUCCACGUCCCGUGCCCUUUCCAUCGCGGUUAACAGAUCGCACAGAUCGUAAGGUCUAACGAGAUCCCUCAGUUCUUCUUGUAAUCCAGCGAAGAAAUAUCCGAGAAGUUGUUCCUCCGUCACGCCAGCCGCCUAAGCCACCAGGACUUCGAAUUCCUGUACAUAUUUUUCCACUGUUCCUCUUUGUCGCAUUGUCGCCAAUUUUUCGAAGAUUGUUCCCCGAUGUCUACAUCCGAACCUCCUGACCAUCACCUCCGUCAAUGUCGCCCAAGUAGGAUUCUUCACUUUCUUCCGCCAAAAACAAAACCAAUAAUUUGCUCCUCCCUCCAUAUAGAUGUACACCAGCUUCAUCUUCUCCCUUUCUGUCACAUUUUGUAAUUCAAAAAUUUUCUCCACCCUAGCAAUUCAUUCCAUCAGAUCGAUCCCUUCGAAAGCGGGUAAUUCCACUCUCUUCAUCCAACUCUUUUGAACAUCGCGUUCUUCCUCCGAUUCUUCUUCUGAUUCAUCCUCCUCCGUAUCCCGACUUCCAUUAACCGAUUGACUUCCUUCAGAACUCCUCCCCUGGUUCCCUCUUCUCCCACAGUCGUGAUUCACGUUUCGAGCCAUUCCCCUCAUCUCUGCUCGAAUUUCCUCCAACGUCGCUUCCAUGGCAUCGAAUAUUCCCUCCAAUGCACUCACCUUGUUCUCCAUCUCGUCUCUCCUUCGAUCUGGAUCUGGCAGGUCGGACCAAUAAUGUUGGACUUCUUAAUUCAAGAAGUCAAGAAAGCAAAUCAACCACACCAACAGAUUACACUUCUUUGAAUAUACUUCUCUUAUUCAAUGAACCAAUAAUACAAUUGUAUAGUAAUCCCUCCUAAGGAAGCCCGAUCUCCCUCCACUGGACUAAUGUUCCAGUCAACAACAAUUACUAAUCUCAUUUCUCCCGCCCUUUUUCACUAAUUAUUAUUUAUACUCCCCUCUCCCUUUAACAAACUUCUAACAGAAACUCCCUCCUAAUUUCUAACGGACAUUUUCUCCUUCCCGUCUUUAUUUCUCCUUACAUAUACUUUUAUCCCCUAUCACUCCUCAGGUUCAAAACUUGUUGAACCAAGUUCACUUUGAGAGUUGAGGAUGAGCCGAGAUAAGAUUUAUGAUAUGUUGGAGUUGCAAGUAUAAGUGAAAAAGUCUCACAUUGGGUAAGAUUGCAAACUAUAUCACAAUUUACCUUGUAUUGAAUUUUCUUUCUGGUGCAGGGCUGUUGGAGGGGAAUCUGAUGAUAUUAAUGCAAAGUACUGCGAUGCUGAGAAGGAAGUCAAUAUGUUGCAAAUAAAAAUACAAGAAGUUAAUGGUAACCUAUCCAAACACCACAAGGAUUUGGAAUGUAAGUGCUGUCUAUCAUUCAAAGAAGUUGAGCAUAAACAUUUUAGUUUUUGAAGGAAAUCAAUGUUUGAGUUCUGCAUGCUUAUUGUUGCAAUGGAUUGCUAUUCUGUCAUGCCAAUGCCAAUAGAUUGCUAUUCUGCAUAUCAACAUGAUAAUAAUAUGCAGUAAAUAUAAAUAGCCUUCUAUUUAGCAUUUUGUAUGCGUCUCUUGAUAUAGGUGAUGGU